AUGGCAAGGGGCGGGACUGUGUUCCUCGUCGUGCUCAGGGGCCUGGCCAUGGCGGCGACGCUCUCUGCUACGAUACUGAUGGCGGUCGCCAGUGAGAAGACCACCGUCUUCAGCAUAACAUUCGAAGCCAAGUUUCAGAACUCGCCUGCUCUGUGGUAAGUUUCCGAGGUCCAGAAUUACUCUCUCUCUUUCUCUCUCUCUCUCUCUCUGAGACGAACAUCUGUUCUUCCUCUCCCAAUCCCCUAUGGUUUUCCUCAGGUUCUCGGUGGUUUCGAACGCAGUGAGCGCCGGGUACAGCUUCCUUGCUCUCUUCAUUUCUCCCACCAGUUCUCUGUUUCGCUUCGUCGUGCCCUUGGACGCGGUAGGUAGUCAGUCCUCCAAGCCCUCCUGAAUCGCCUCUGGUUCGACAAGAUCAUCCUCCACUGCUUCAUCUACUAGCCGUUGACUCUCCUCUCCCCUCCCGAUUUGCUUCAGAUCGUGGCGAUGCUGCUCACCGGCGCGCUCGCGGCGGCGGGAUCCAUCUCUUACCUCGGGAAGAAGGGGAACCCCCACACCGGCUGGAUGCCGAUCUGUGGCCAGGUGCCGGGAUUCUGCGACCAGAUGAUGAUCUCCAUCGUUUGUGCCUUCAUCGGCGUCCUUCUCUACACGGCGAUCGUCCUCUACAACGUCUCCAUUGCCAUGAAUUCUCUGAUCUCCAGCUUCCCCAAGCUUCCUGUCUCGGUUCCUCGUCCCCUGAGGACUGGCUUCUCCGUUCGUCUAACCUCCUGA